AUCAUUGUUGCCACUGACAACAGAAUCAUCAUCAUCACUUGUCGCCAUGGCAACGUGUGAAGCCGGCAGCGUGGCCCCGCUCCUGAAGAAACAGAUCAACCGCCACCAUCGCGAGGUCCUCUUCCAGAACCUGAGCUGUCUGCUCAAGGACGAGAGCUUCAGCGACGUGCACGUCGUGGUCGAGGGGAAGAGGUACGCGGCAAAUCGGAACGUCCUGGCGGCCUGCAGCGAAUACCUGCAGGCCAUCAUCGAAUCUGGGAUGGCGAGCGACAGACCGGAUGUUAUCGAGCUUCCCGACCUCACCACCAGCGAAUACAAGGCCCUAAACACCCUUGUUUACGAACCCGAGCUCUUCAAGGAUCACCAAGUACCCGACCUUGUCUACGCAUGCGAGAAGCUCCAAAUCCCGGUGUGCUUGCACGCCAACACGUGUGGCGCCUCCCGGAAGAAGGGCGCUCCGGUGGAGGUGGACGUUUAUCCGGAGCUUCUCUCCGCGGUGAAGGACGAUGUACAGAGGAUGGUCAUGGCGAGGCUGCAGACGUACCGGCGGCAGCGCAAGUUCUCCGACAUCUGUAUCCGCGUCCACCGACGGAACUUCAAGGCGCACAAGAACGUGCUCGCCGCGGGAAGCAUGUACUUUCACACCAUGUUCACCUGUGGGAUGAGGGAGAGUGUGCAGGAUGCCAUCGACCUGAAGGGAGUGACGGCGGGCGGUCUGCGGGGGAUCCUGGACUUCAUGUACACCUCGGAGAUCGCCAUCAAGAGAGACAACGUGCAGGACGUGCUCGCUGUCGCUAGCUUCCUCCAGGUGAAGACCCUCCUGGACGCCUGCGCCCAGUUCCUCUACAUCCACCUGGACAUGGAGAACUGCUGCGACGUGCUCAUCAUCGCAGAGGCGUACGGCCUGACCGACCUCGUCAGCACCGUCUACGAGUUCAUGGCCACGCACAUCGACCCUCGUGGGGACGAGGCCGGCCACAUCAUCCUCCACCAACUCCCGCAGAAGCACCUCAACCACCUGAAGAACCUUCCGCAGCAGUUAAUCGCAGCCGUUUCUAGCAAAUACAUCGGGAACACGUCCUGGGCGGAAACUCCUGGUCUGUACUACUUCAGUCUAAAGAAGGACACGUGGGUUCAGCUCACGACGUUACCCGACGAGCUACGGACCACAGAACAUUUCGAGAUUGCCGGGACGGGCGGAUGCAUCUACAUCGCCGGCGGUCGCUCCUUCAACUCGCAAAUGGUGACGGAAAGUAAGCCGUCGGGGAGAGUCUUUUGUUUCAACACUAAGACGGACUCGUGGACUGAACUCGCCCCUCUGUUGAUGCCGAGGUACAAUUUCGCCUUGACAGCGUUCGAUGGACACCUGUACGCUAUCGGUGGGUUUGCGGCAGACAGUGGGGGGAUGGUCUGCCAGAGACCGAAGGUAAACUGUGUCGAGUGUUACAACAUCGAGACGAACACCUGGGAGUUCGCGUGCCCCCUCCCGACCGGCGUGGUCAACCCCACAUCCACGGUUUGCCUCGGACAGAUCUACCUGUCGGCUCACCCCUCGUGUUGGGACGACAAGAACCGGCGUCUGAUGUGCUACGACCCCGACACAAACCAGUGGAAGACCAUGAAGUACGCCGAGUGGGCCGACAUGAAGUUCGAACUGUCGGGGAUGCCCCUGGGUGACCUGGUCGCGGACCACAGCCAUGUUUAUGUGGUAGGACAGCAGAAAAUCGCCACGUACAACGUCAUAUCCGGCGAAUGGACAGACUGCAUAACGCUCCCGCCGAACGGAGCGGCCCAGUCGAGAAACGUCAAGCGAGUUCCCAUGGCGAUGGGAGGAAAGAUCAUCAAUUUCUGCGACAGAGGCGUGGUCCUGAGCUAUAACAUCAAGAAGAACCAGUGGGAGAGACUCUCGGCUUUUCCCGGAGGAAUGAACGAAAGCAGUGCAAUCAUCCGUACAUGCACCCUCACAGCAAAACCACUCAAGGCAGUCAAGUCAUCAAGAGUUUACUGAACUCACAGUCAUAGCUUACAGUCUAGCUGACUGUCAUUUUUUUUAUUUAAUAUAGCUACAUGUAUUACAGGAGACAAAAGGAUUAUGAGAACUCAGCAGUUUGAACUCAUGAUGGCAUGGUUGAGUCAGAUUUUAUGACUCAAAGGCAUCGACAGAAUAUUGGGGAAUCUGCAUAUGCAGAGUUGGAUGGUAU